AUGCCCGAUGUGAGCAUAGCAUACGAGCAAAGUUUAUGGCAGGAUAUAAAGACGCUACUCGAAGAAUUUGUGAAAUAUAUGGAAGAUGAGGAUCUAGACAUCUAUGCAGCUAAUUGUUUGAACGCGGGUUACAAACAUCCGAGCAUUGAACAACCCGUGUUGGCAAAGAAGGUCGCAGAUAGACUUAUGUGCACACUCAUGUCACGAGCAUUAUUUUUCAUGAAUGGGUGGCGCCCGUGGUCCGCGAGCGCGGACGAUACAGACCAUAAGAAUGCAGAGUUGAAGGAACAUAUAAGGUGCGCAAUAGUAAAUAUAUUUAUGUACAUAUUGAAUGAAUCUCCAUGCAAAAGUCAAAUGGGUGUAUAUUAUGCAUGGUACACAAUGCAAAAAAUGGAGCCACAUAUAGGGCGUGGUUUAAUAACCAAAGGUAAAUGUGGAAAGGGAGUGUUUCAAAACAUAAAAAAACAGGAAUUCAACAUGGGGAACAAGAUUCAGGAAUGGUUAGAGAAAAAAAAGACGUUGACUGAAAAAAUUGGAGGGGAACACAUACAGAGCAUAUGUAAGAAAGAACUAGAAGAACUUGACGGGGUAACAACGGGUACACAUAAAAUGGGUGACAAAAUAGAAAUGCAGCCAGAGGAGAAGGAAGCUAUAACUACGUUAGGCCAAAAACUGAAGGUCAUAGUUGAGGAGGUACAGACAGCCGCAGUGCAAUGCGCGCAGGCAAAUGGCGCAUGCAUGGACCCUAACGGAGAUGCCGGCAGUAGCGAUGUCAAGGAUGACGAAACUGAGUCCAUACCACCGAACUCUGUUGAAAGCGCUACACCAGCACAAUCCGGCAACGUAGACGGCAAAGAAUCGGCCACAUCAGGACCCGUAGGAGGCAAGAAACCGGCAGCACCAUCACGGGCAUCACCAGGGCCAAUAGAAGGCGGAUCAGAGAAAGCAGGGAAAGACGACGUCGCCGAUAAGACGAAACAGCCCGGUCAUGGAGCGACACCGGCUGUGAAUGAGAACACUACAGACACUAUGUCCCCAGCAGGUUCGGGACAAACGCAUACAACAGUGAAGGACCCAGCGCUGGUACCACUAACGGAAUCAACAACAGGCCAGCAUCCAACUGAUCCACCAGCCUCGGACUCUAAUGGAGGAAGCAGUAGUAGUGGCGGGGGCACAAGUGGACGUGAGAGUUCCUCCAGCUCAAGUUCCAGUUCUGGUACUGGUGCUGGAGAUGAAGAUUUCUUUGUAGCGCCGGAUAAUACGCCCCUAUGGGGCAUAGGACAGUAUCCGACCGCACCUGAACAGAACAGGGGUGGGGGACAAAUUCAAGAACGUGCAAAGGGCUCCAGGGUGGGCAGCACUGUGAACGUGCUCGAUGAUAAAUAUUGUACUUUCGAAGACCACAAAAAGCAGUGCGAUAUCGGAUUCGACUUAACAACAAAAAAGGGUACAAAGGAUCCAGGAGGAGGAUACACACCACCAACCUUACCAAAGCAUGAGCUCAGCCCGAAGAAGUUAGACGAAGAUGGAAGGAUGGAGGAUGACUACGCAGUGCCCGACCUAACCGGCGAUAUCCUUACCGCCACUACUCCCGUCCUGUUUUUUCUCACUUCCGUCAUCGUGGCCCUCCUUGGUUAUUCCCUUUGGAAGUACUUUGCCUACCUCGCCAAACGACGACGAACGUUUCGCACCGUUCGUGACGUGCCGUCACCGCCACUCGACGAAGAAAUAUUGCAGCAUCUACAACGGCCGUCGGCACCACCACCACCCGAUUACGGGCGCACGAUCAUCGAGCUACAUCUAGAAGUGCUGCACGAAUGUGCAGCGACCGAAUGGGAAAACGUCAAAGACGACUAUUUGCACAUACUCGUUGAAGAGUUCAUGGGGCGCAACAACGGACAUAGAAGUUCCUUGGAUGCUCCUAUCACAAACCAGGCUUUAUCAGGGAACAAUGUUUCCUCCAUUGACUCGCAAGCCACGGAUCCAUCUGCACCUCAUGACUGCGAUACAUCGAGUUGUGUGGAAACUAUACAGUUAGAAACGGACCCUUGUCCACCACAUGACCCCGAUCCAUGGAGUUGUAAGGAAACUAUACCUUUAGCAACGGACACUUCUCCACCACAUGACUCCGAUCCAUGGAAGUGCAUGGAAACUACACAGUUAGCAACGGAACCUUGUCCACCACAUGACUCCGUCCUCUGUCCAGUUCGUGCGAACGCGAAUUCGGCCCCCGACCACACUAAUUGGAUUAACUGGAUUCACCGCAACACGCAUCUAUUGCAGGAGUGCACCACGCAGCCGUGGUUUUUGCAAUUAAAAGUGCAUUGGAAACAAUACCUGCGUGAGCACAUGGCGGAACGCGCACACAACGGGCAGCGUGCACUCGGUGAGCGUGGCCAUAUGCCAUCCGUAGAGAUGAAGAAAGAUGCCUGGAAAAAGUGGGUCGCACAGCAACAUCGGCACAUGCGUAUGUAUACGGAGCAGUGGUUUCAACGUUUGUUGAAUAAUGUGGAGGACCACACAGUACCGCAAAAAGGCGAAGUAGCACGCGUAGACAAACACUUAGAAGUGGAAAAAGUAAAGGCAACAGAAGAUGUUCUAAGAGUGAGACAUUUACCGCGGACGCAACUGCAUCAGCAACCUUACAUGCAACAACCGUUAACCGGCCUCAAAUUGUGCAUGCUCCUUCUCGCGUUCGUAAUCGAACAAUGCGAGCUCGAACGCAGUUUGCAGGAGAAGGAGUUAUAUGUGGAUGCCCUAUUGGAAAAGCUCUGA